AUGCGUGAUAAGGUGGGCCAGUCCUUAAUCGAGUUGAACCAUCACGUGCCAGCUAUUCUCAAGCUAGCCACAAGCCAAGCCUUAACGGCGGCUCAUUCGGCUUCAAAAUUGGCUAAAGAGCUGGCAUCCGAGGUGCAUGAAGCCGGCCUUGUGGACACGGCUUCUAAAAUCGGCAGAGCCGCUUACGUCAAAUACGAGCCGGCAGCCAGCGAGCUGUACGCCAAGUAUGAGCCAAUAGCCGAGCAGUAUGCAGUUGCGGCUUGGCGGGUCCUUAAUGGGCUCCCUUUGUUCGCCCAACUGGCCCAUAUUAUGGUCCCAACGGCUGCUUAUUGGGCCGAGAAGUAUAACCAGGCCGUGGCCUUUUCUGCCGAGAGAGGCUAUGUCGUGUCGUGUUACCUGCCGUUGGUGCCCAUUGAGAGAAUCGGCAAAACGUUUUCAAAUGGCGAAUAG